GGAGGGCCAAAAGUUUAACGUAUGUCUAAUCAGACGGUUGGAAAACAGCAACAUCCUAUUCCCUAUGCACGAAUCACCAGCGAAGGCUCUUUUUACCUUCCCCUCCCCUCGCUCCCCUUCUUUCUCUCUCUCUCUCUUCUCCUCCCUAGCCCCUUCCCACUGCUACCGCCUGUUGCUCUCUCCCCUUCGCCAGACAUUGGGUCUGCCGAUUUCCGGCAACUCUCAUACCUCCCAAGAGCUAGCUUUCAGAUAGGGAGUCUUCUUACUGUGCUUGGCUUCUAAAGAGCAAUGGUCACAUUAGUUCAUUCUCUGUGGAUGGAUCAGAGAUAUAUUAUCUCAUCUCUCACGAUUUAAAUGCAGGAAGGUUUCUGACUUUCUAUUAAUUAUCUUGAUAUGAUGUUUGGAAUUUCAUAUGGUGAACUGUUUCUCAUACUUGGAGCCACUGCUGCUCUCAUAGGGCCCAAAGAUCUUCCUAUUAUUUCAAGAACUGCUGGGAAACUGGCAGGGAGGGCAAUAGGGUAUGUUCAGUUGGCCCGUGGGCAGUUGGAAACUGUUCUGCAGCAAUCUCAAGCUAACAAGGUUCACAAAGAACUUCAAGACACGAUUGCUCAAUUAGAAGCUAUUCGUUAUGAAAUCCGAAGCAUUUCAAUCAUGAAUCCAGGUCCAUUCACUCGGAGGUUGGAUGGUGUGGGGCCCACACAAAGCAAUGGAAAUGACAUUGCUGCAAAGCCUGAAGGAGAUCGCAAGCCUCCCAUGACAAUCCCUGAGGAUCCUAAUUCAAGGGCCGUUUCUUCUAUUCUGCAAAGUCAAGCAAUGGCAUAUGCUAGGUUAGCUGAAUCCCCAGCUAUUAAAUCAGCUUCUUCCGCAAGCAGUGGACAUGCAGAGAAAUUAAAUGCUGACGAUGGUCAUCUAAAUAUUCUGCCCGUCUCUGCCGAGAGUGCAGGGCUACUUCCAAAGUGUAAUGAUGAAGCUAAAGGAUCUGAUAUCAUGUUAGAAGCAAUACUGGAAGCAGAGGUUGCAUGCAAAGCCAAGCACUUCUUCUCACAAUCUCAAAAUCAACUACCUAAUGAAUGAAAUGUUCAUUGAAGCAUACGGCAAAUAUAGAUCUGGGCUCAAAUUCAAGAUCAUCCAUUUUAAGAUGUUUCUAACUACAAUUGCUAUUUCCCAGGAGGAGGCAGCAGUUCAAUUAGGUUGCUAAAGAUUACCAAACUGGUUUGUUAUUGUAAAAAUUUUUGUGAAAGAAAAAGAAAUGACUCAAAUGUUUCUCAUGCAUAUCUGAACUAGUUUGUCGGCAUUAACAGUUUCAUAGGCUAGAUUUAUUAUGACUGGGGGCAAGUUCUUGUGCUUGUGUUGAUGCGUGAUUGAUGGUGUGGUUUGUCGCUCGGAAGAUUCACAUUUAUUUUCAUUAAAAGAAUCAACAAAUGAUGCAAUUUAUUCCUGGAA